UGGCGGUACCAAGACGCCAAGCUGCAAGGGAUUGUGGGACAAUAAUGUAUGUCUCUGACAAGUGAAAUUGUUACGCAUUUGCAAAAAACAAACAAGGUUAUUCGUCUCAAUCGCCGCAAUGGGUGAGACGUCGGUGACUUACGUUGAUGGGGAUAUUGUGUGGGUCAAAUGGGGUACGUGUUGGUGGCCCGGUGAGGUUAAAGAUGAGGGCUCUAGUGACAUGCAGGAGUUUAAGAAACCCCCAUUGCAUAUUGUGAAGUUCUUCGAUGAGGAUAGCUACGAAUAUGUCAUGGCUCCACAAAACAUUUACCCUUACAAUUGCACAAGAAAAAUCGAUUUUAUCAAGAAAGGAAUGGCUCAGUUCAGGGCCAAAGCCUCCCACAUGGAAAAAUUUCCAAAGGAUGUCAGCAGAGCUGAAGAAAUGACGGGUGGUAACGUGAAUAUUUUAAGUGAUCCAGUUUUUAUACCGGAAAGAAGAGCAGAUAUAUUGGCGGAAGUUUUCGGCACACCGAGUCCCAAGAAGAAGAAAAGCAAAGACAGCGAUCGUAAAAAGAGCCGCUCUUCACUCUCAAAAAAUGUGACUCCCGCUCAUAUAACCCACAGAAGAUUCCUAGGUUACGACGAUUAUCAAGCCUAUGUUUGCAUCCAGUACAGCGGCAAGGAUAUAAACGAAACGGAAGAGUGCGAGGAGGUAAUUCGCCUAAAUAAAGAACCUGUUCAAGAAUUCAAUUGCCCUCAAUGUAACUAUGUCACCAAACGAUUGGAAGUUUUCAUUAUGCACACAAAACUCCACAUUCAAGGCCGUAUUAACCCAAAUAUUAAAAGAAAAAAUAAGAAAAGACCAACGAAACGACCAAGACCGAAGAAGAAGGACAAUGAUUCAAGCUCCGAUGAACUCGAUUCGGUUAAACCACCGAAAAGGAAACCAAAAAUUCAACAUAAAAAAGCCAAGAAGGACAGUAAUGAAUCAAUUUCGACUGAAUCUAGUUCUAAGCCUACUAUGUCCCCUACUCAUAUUAGAAACGAUCUGCUCGCUGAAUGGGAAGAUAGUGAUGAUAAUGACGGUGACGAUUUGCGACCUAUGGAAUCAACUAUUGAGAAAGGCGAUGGUACUGAAAGUGAGUCCACAUUUAAUGACUCGAUUGAAUAUCAGUCAAAAUUAACUAAAAAUGAUUCUUCUGAAGAUUAUGAUACUACUAUAAAUGAAACACGUGAUGAUGAAAAAGAUGUCACCAUGGAUUGUUCAAGUAAAGUUGAGACAGAAAAAUCAAGUUUGGAUGAAUCUGUUGACAAAGAAUUAGAAGUUUCAGACAGAGAAGGCAACAAGAAGAAGGUGAAACAUGAACAAUUAAAUGAAAUAAAGAAAGACAUCAAAUCAUGUUUUGAUUUUGAUGAAGAAGAAGAAGACGAUACUCCAAUAGUUGAGACAGGUGCUGGCAGAAAAAUACCAAGAGUUAUUCCACCAUCAGAGAAACGGCGAUCAUUAGCUGAUGAAGUGAACGAAUCAGGCGAAAAUUUGUCUGACGUAGAAAAAGCUAAACAAUUAGAAACAUUAAAGGAGAGCGAAAGCUUUAAUAUAUCAGUAAAUGAAGACAAAGAUGAUGAUCAUGAUAAGACUUUCCAUGAACUGCUAGAAUCUACUAGCGUGCCAACACUGACGGAUAUAGAAAACACCUUGAAGUCUGAGCAAAAUUUUCACGAUACUAAAACCAUAAAAUUUCCCGAUAAGACGGAACCCACGGAAUCACAGGCCACUAGUCAAAAACCGGCCACCCCGGAGAAAUGUUCCGAGGUGGCCACAAAACUAACGAAUCCGAAAAAACGGUUUGUUAAGUCAUUCAAAGAUGAAAUUUUUCAGAGUAACAUAAAAAAGAAAGCUGAAGAAAACCGUUCACAAGAAGAGUUUGAAACAAAAGAGCAAUCAAUGGAAGUGGUAAAACAAGACCAGAGUGAUUUAUUUUCAAAUGUAAAAUCUGACGCCACUGAUAAGAUUGAAGAUUCAUCAGCUCAAUCAACUAGUGAUGUUUCUAAUUCAGAAGUAAACGUAAAGAAAACAAGACGUUCUACUAGAAGUAUGUGUAGUCCAAAAAAUGAAACACCAGCUGAAACUAAAAGUGAUGAUUUUCGAAUCAAAGAUAGAGAUGUGGCUGAUAUAGAUUCAAGUAAUAAUGUACUUUUAUCUGAUGAGAGCAAAGAAGCGACCUUACCUGUUAAAAUUAGUUCUGAAGAAAAUGUGACCAAUUCACCUGUGUUUAAAGAAACUGAUUCAAUAAACUUAUCGCCUACACACGCUGAAACUUCAAGACCAGAAAAAAAUGAAGUAUCAUUGUUCUCAGACAAAAAUGUUAAAAUUAGUAAAUUAAAGAGCAAGAUGAUGUCCAAAAUAAAACUUGAAGAUGAAAAACGUGCCGAGGAUAAAUAUAAUAGAAGGAAAACUAGAAGAUCAAAUUCAAAGAGAGAUGAAUAUAUGCUUUUAAACAUUUCGGAAGAGUCAUCGCCUUCUAGUAAGCACCGCUCCAGAAGAAGAUCUUUAAGACAUCAUUCUCAUGAAUCACCAGUAUUUGAAUCCAUUGAAAGUACAAGUUCUAACAAAAUUGAUAGAAAAGAAAAUGUUGAGCCACAAAAUGAUGAUCCUAUUCAACAUGUGGCAAAUGAAAGUGUGAUAGAUUCUCCUGUCAAAGAAGUAGUUGAUACAUUUUCAGAAGGACUAAAAUCUGCCGAAACUGCCAGUCUAGAAACAGUUAAUGAGUCGAAUGAAAAAUCUGUGGUAGAAGAAACUAUCCAACCAGAUAUACAAGUUUCAAGCGUCGUUACAGAUAUAAACAAUUCUUUAACAGAGUCUGUUUUAAGUGAAAGUGGUGACAAAGAAGCUUCAUUAACUGCAACCGAAGAAAACGGAGAAUCAAGUGAAAGAAUAGAAGAAGUAGCAGGUGAGGAAAAGGUACAAAUCAGUAAUCUUGCACAGGAAAUUGUUCAGGAUUUUGAAUUAAUUGAAGAAGAAGUAGUCAACGAAUCAGUUGAAGAGCUGUCACAUCCCGUGGAAAAAAAUGAAAAUCUUUUACUUUCCUCACAAUCAGAAACAAUGGAAAUUGUUGAAGAAAAAAUUGAUUUUUAUGCAGACAAAGAUGCUUUAAUAGAGAAUUCUAUUGUCAUAGAAGAAACAUCUAAAUCAGAAGAUAUGGAUGAGAAAUGUACUGAAGAUAAUAAAGAGAGACCAAAUGUUGACCAAGUACAAGUUAACAGUAUGGAAGAAUCAAAUGAAGAUACAAAUGCAAAUAAUCUUAAAAUUAAAAAUGAAACUGAAAUACCUUAUUCAAAAGCUGAACAUAUUACAGAAGAUGCAGUUUCAAAACAAGAUAAAAUUCAAACUGAAUCAACAAAUGAAGAACAACAGGACAAUCAAUCUAAUAUAGUUGAAACUUCAACUGCUGAAACUGACAUUAAAGAAAAUGAAACUCAAUCUAAAAUGGAAGAGAUUGCUAAUCAAACAAACGAGAACGUUCUUGAAUUUAGUUUUGAGGAUUCAGAUGGAGUGGUUGACAAAAAGGAUUCAUUUAACAUAAACGAAUUAUUUAUACAAUCUGCGAGUCCAAAACAAACUGAUCUUGAGAAAUAUAGUGACAAGCAAGUAAAUAAAAGGGGUGAAAACGAUCCGGAAGAAUUAGUACUAAAAGCAAAUUUAUCGAAAGCUGAAGAACUAUCUGCACUUACUUUAGCCUCAUUAGCCACUGCAACGUCCAUUAACUCAGUUUUAGACCAAGGCAAUAAAACUGAAAGCACAGUUGUGGGCCCACCUUUAAAUGUUUUAGAGUCAGAGACAGUGCCCAUUGCCGAAAAUAAUUUAACUGUUGUUACAGAGAAAGAAUUAAUUGAUAGCGAAGUUGAAUUUACCGACGCAUCUACCGGCGGUAAUAAGCCUGUAACUUUAAUGAAUUUUUCAAUGGAUUUUUCAGAAUCUGUCACUGAUAGUUCUAGUUCUGGAACCAAGAACACACCAGAACGCGAGGUUACCAAAGUGGAGUCGAUAAAGAAAUCUGUCGAAGUCAAAAAAACAUCGGAAAACAAAAAGCCUAGCGAACUGAAAUCCAACUCUACUAGUAAUAAAUAUGAGAGGCUGGAAUUACUUGACAUUCUUGAAGGUAAUACUCAAAACAUGGGAUCAACUGCCAAAGAAAAGUCCAAACCUCUACCAUCGACAUAUCCAAACGAUAUUCUCGAUUUUGAGGAGCACAUUCCGUCACAAAUUGUACGAACUAAAAAUGCAAAAGUCGACAUUAUUACUGAACCUGAAAGCGAAGAUGAGACAUCUGUAAUGGUGGCAAAGAAAUCGUCCUCUAAAUUUUCUGCACAUACUGUGAAUUUCGAGAAAUCACGUUCAAAAGAUCGAGAAGUAGAUAAAAUAAAGCAAACUCCAAAUAAGAUGACUAAAGUAAAAGCAGGAUUAAGAACUACAACAAAACCAACUAGUAGUAAACCAAUAAUUUUAUCGGAGCAAAUUAUAAAACCGGCCGAUGCAACUCCUAAAGCUUCGCUUAAGCGUCCAUUUGAUGACAUUGAAGAUGUUGAAGCUUUCAUCAUUCCGAAAAAUUCCAAAAAGGCGACAAAUGACGAUGUAGAAACAAAAACCAGCACAACUGCAUCCAAAGGUGGUAAAGCAAAAAUUUUACAGCAAACUAUCAUUACACCUCAAGGAGAAAUAAUACAACCUAAAAUAGCUCCGGUCCAAACGGAUGAUAACAUAUUUGACAUUAAUUCCAUGCCAAUUGUAUUAUCCGAUGAUAUUACUCCUGAAAGUAUUGAAUCAAUGUCUAUUGUUUUUGAUGAUUCUAUCACCACGUCCAAAAGUGUAUCUAUUCCCAAAACAAAGGUUGUUGCACAAACCAAGAUAAUUCCAAAACCCGCAGUUAGUAAUAUACAAAGUCCUGUUAUUAAAGCACAAACGAAGUCUGUAAAACCAGGUACCAGAAUCAUACAAAAUCCAUCAUCAAAAUUAAUAAAGCAUACAACAAUUUUGCCAAGUACUGUUAAAACAAAUAGUAAAUAUGUAAUAAUGCCUCAAAGCUCGGCACUACAAACAGAACUGCAGUCCAAGGGAAGGAAACCUACUCUCAUCAAGAGAAUGAUUCAUUCCCCAGUAGAAAAAGGAAAUUCAUUAUCUGAACCAGUUGGUAAUAAAAUUAUGGUAGUCACAAAUAAUCAAGGUGAACAACAGCGUGUUUUAUUAACACCAACACAUCAAAGAAUGUUAGGUUGUAGUUCUGGUACUGCCAAAAUUUCGAAACCUGUAACAAAAACUUACAUUCAGAAAGCCAUUAUCAAUCCAAGAACCCCAAGUACAUUAGAAGGGGGAUCUAGUGGAGUGACAAAAAUUAUACGAACUAUAAGAAACAUUGGUUCAAAAGUGUCAAUCGCUUCUAGUCAAAAUUCACCAACCCAAACUAUUUCCGGGACUCCUCAAAGAAAUUUAAAACCUGUUGGUAAUACAACUCUUUUAAAUAAAACGCCUCGUCACAAAACGGUAUUAAUCAAAAAUCAAUUCGGUCAAACAGUUAAGACUAUUCAAGGACCCGACGAUGAAUUAUUAGAAAAACAAGUAGCCGAACAACUUGAAGCAAUUAAAGCUAGUAGUGCAAUGAGGCAACAAGCCAACAAACAACAAGAGGUGCUGAGAUCUGCAAAAUUACCUGCUAAAAAAUCGCAUCUGAAGAAAAUAAACGCUGUACGAGAACCACUUAAACCGAAAAGUCCCGUACCGUCAACAUCUCGAAUUUCACAAACGAUACCUAAAUCUGAGGCCGUAGUGCCUCCACUUGCUCCAAUAUCACCAAAAAAACAAGAAACCAGUCAGCGAGCUACAGAAAAACCUACGGAGCAAUCAACAGAAUCUCCAGCAGAACGUCAACUAAAUCAGCUAGUGAUACAAGAUGCGUUAGGCAAUCAAACAACUAUAACCGAAGGACAGAUUCUUGCGCUUCCUAGCGAAACUGUAGAUGGUCAACCUCAGUCCUAUAUGCUAGUAACUUUGGAUGAAUCCGGAAAUUUGACACCUCUGAAUAGUGAAGCUCUGAUGUCUUUAGAUCCAAAUCUCCUGGGUGGUGAUCUCGGCAACAUGGUAUUGCAGGUCGAUCAAAGUGCUGUUACUGGAUCACAGAACGAGGGGGUACUAUCGACUCAAACUGCUGUGAUAAGUUCAAACAAUGCUCCGGAAAUGAGUGCCAAAGUAACCGAGUCUGUGGUGGAAUUUCCUGUCAGCAAACCAAUUUCUGUUGCCACACCCACGGUAUCUGAACCUGUUGAAGUAUCAGCUUCCACGUCAACCGAUGCGGGUCAACAGUUAAUUGUCACUGGAGAUCCAAUAGCCACGCAAAAAUUUCUGGAAUCGUUAACCGAGGGCACAACUGACUUGGCAAACAUUCUAGCGAAUGCGGAAGGAAGUAGCAUAAUUAUCCAAGCAGACGGCCAGCAAAUUUUAAUAAAUACUAACUCAAAUAAUCCAAUGAUGUCGCUUAACAACGACAAUGUAGAAAAUACCGAGAGCGGUGGAAACCCGAUGUUUGCCACCCAGCCAAGUAAGAAUCAGGACAUUCUCGCUGCUGCUCUAGCCGACACAGACGUAUUCCAACAAGAUCAAAAUUCGGUACAAACGAAAAUUCAAUCUCAGCUUAGUCCCGGCAGCACAUUGUAUCCUAUGAAUGUGAGCAACGUACUUGAAACGAGCUUAACUUUGAGUUCGCCUAUAAUGACUCCCCUAGAAGUGCCCAGUACGAAUAGCAAGAAGAUUCCUGAUGAAGAGGCCGAUAUAUUAACGCAAGUUCCAAAGAACGUAGGUCUACCUAUAACAAUCACUGAUCCAAAUAUAUCUCAAACUGUUGCUCAUCAACAAGUAUUAUUGGCAAAUGACCUUCAAACUAACCUCGAAUUAACUCUACCAAUAUCCGAAGCUACGAUCUCUGCACCUUCUUCUGAAAUGAAUAGUCCAUCCUUUGUAUAUUCCCUGCCAACUUUGGACGACAUAAAUCAGAAACCGUUCAGUAGCAGUAUGCCUUUAUUAACUGAAGAUGUCGAGGAAACUACAAUCGAAACUUCAUCAUCAGAAGAUAAAAAUAAGAGCAUCAUCGAUGGAAUAGUUGAGACCACUGUUGAAACUACAAUUGGUAUUGAAAAUGUUACAUCAAAGAAAAAUGUCUCAUCUGAUAGCAGUUUUAUGGAAGAAGAAGAAGGUUUAUGCACUCUUGGCGGGGAAAUGUGCAGUUCACUGAGUGAGCCACCUCCGGAUAUGUUUGAUCUUCAAAGUGGAAAUUUUUUGCAAACUUCAAAACCUAACACUCCUAAUGUAAUAAGUCAGGACGAUGAAGACGAGGAUUCGUCGAACACAACGGCGACUUCUAUUGUUGAAUCUAAUUCUCCUACAACAGCAACCAGUGAAAAUUCUUGUGAAAUUCCAAUUCAAGCUGAAAUUGUUACAGAUUUGUCUGUGGAUUUGGCCGAUUCGAAUUUGUCAUCAAAUCGAAAUUCGGCUGACAAUGAAUCAGACAGCCUUGAAAGUAAAAAAAUGUAAAUUUGACUGAAUUAACAUAAUUAGGAGACAUGGUUGUACAUAAAUCUGUAUAGGAAUUAGGUUUAACAAAAAGACUAAAGAAUUCGACAUUGUUUUAGUAUGUCAUAUUUUUGUAAAUAAUUGUUAUUAUUUAUGUACGAAUGUGUACAUAAGACGCUUUUUAUUCAAAAUAUUUUUUAUGAAAUUUAGUAAUUUUAGAAUCAUAAAACACAGCAUAUAUUGUUCUACAUAUUAAAUAAAUAGGUGUAAUAGAUUAGAAAGCAUGUGUCAUUUAUGUGAUCCUUAAGGAGUUGUGUAAAAAGGUACAGGAUAGAAUUUUCAACCUUAUAUGAUACGAUAGUUUAAAUUUAUCUAUGUAUAAUUUUAUUUUAAAAUAAUAAAUGUUUAUUAAAAUGAGAAAGUUUCAGUUAAUAGUUUGACUACUUUAGUUCCCAAUGGUUGGUUAUUAGUGCUGUUACUUUCAAUGUUUAUAUGUGCUUAUAAUUAGUUAUAAAAAACUGUCAAAUUAUUUUUUGUUAAUAUAAUAAAAAUUAUAUGCA